GCGGAGCGUUCCUCCUGAACACCACAGCUCCAGGGGCAACGCCCAUUCCCACCAAUCCACCUCCUGCCAGCAUGGAUCAGCUACUCUCUUACCUCCCGCCACCCGUGCUCGACUUUAUCGAGACCCAUGGGUCCUGUGUCACCGCCGAACACGCGCAAUGGGCUGGCGUCGCGCUGGUCUCCCUAGCCGUCGCCUACGCUGGGUAUCUUUAUAUUCUGUGCCUGAAAGAGGCCGCCGUGUCCUUCAAUGUGCCAUUACCGGCAGAAGUGCGCAAUAGUGCGGGUGGGAAGAAGUGGGAGGAGGUUACUGGUCUCGAGAAGCGCGUGCUGGAGGAUCAGGUUCGAGGGGUCUGGAAUGAUAAAUUGAUUAUGAGCUAUUGCCCUGCUGAUGGGCGUGUCUUGGGCAAUGGUAUCAAGCCGGCCACGGUGCAGGAUGUCGAUGAUGCGGUGCAAGCUGCAAAGGCUGCGCAGCGUGAGUGGGCGACGACGAGCUUUGCUGAGCGCAGAAAGGUUCUUCGCACUCUGUUGAAAUACGUUCUCGACCACCAAGACGACAUCGUAACCGCCUGCUGCCUCGACUCCGGAAAGACCAAAGUGGACGCCUCGUUCGGCGAGAUCCUCGUCACUGCUGAAAAGCUGAAGUGGACUAUCGAUCAUGGCGAGAAGGCGCUGUUGCCGUCGCGCCGGCCGACCAAUUUCCUGAUGAUGUAUAAGAAGAACAUGGUCACCUACGAACCACUCGGCGUCGUAUCUGCAGCCGUCUCGUGGAACUACCCCUUCCACAACUUCAUCGGGCCCGUCAUUAGCGCAUUGUUCUCUGGCAAUGCCAUCGUCGUCAAGCCCUCCGAACAGACAGCCUGGUGCACCGCAUUCUUCCUGGAGAUCGUUCGUGGCGCGCUAUCCAGCUGCGGACAUUCACGCGAUCUCGUCCAAACCGCCGUCUGCCUCCCCGCCGUGGCAGACAAGCUAACCUCGCACCCGGAAAUUUCCCAUAUCACCUUCAUCGGCUCCCGGCCCGUCGCGCACAAAGUCUGCGCCUCAGCCGCCAAAUCCCUCACCCCAGUCUGCGUCGAACUCGGCGGCAAAGACCCAGCCGUAAUCCUCGACGACGCCCGCACAAUCCGCAACCUCUCCGCCAUCGCCUCAAUCCUCAUGCGCGGCGUCUUCCAAUCCGCUGGCCAGAACUGCAUCGGCGUCGAGCGCAUCAUCGCUCUCCCGGGUAUCUACUCCAAACUCAUCGAGCUCGUCACCCCACGCAUUCGCGCCCUCCGCCUCGGCUCAAUCCUCCUCGACAUCCCUUCCGAAUCAACCUCAACCCCAGACAUGGGCGCCAUGAUCUCCCCAGCCUCCUUCGACAAACUCGAAGGCCUCAUCGCCGAAGCAGUCGGCCAGGGUGCACGCCUCCUAGCCGGCGGCAAGCGCUACACGCACCCUACCCACGUUCACGGCCACUACUUCAUGCCCACGCUCCUCGUCGACGUAACACGGGACAUGCGCAUCGCGCAAGAAGAACUCUUCGCGCCAGUUUUCCUGGUUAUGCGCGCCGAAUCCCCCACCGACGCAGUCGCAAUCGCAAACUCUACGCUCUACGCCCUCGGCGCUAGUGUCUUCGGCCACAACGCCAGCGACGUCCAGACCUGUGUCCGCGGUAUCCACGCCGGUAUGGUCUCCGUUAAUGACUUUGGCGCGUACUACGCCGUGCAGUUACCCUUUGGCGGUGUCAAGGGGUCUGGGUAUGGCCGGUUUGCGGGAGACGAGGGUCUGCGUGGGUUGUGUAAUCUCAAGGCCGUUUGUGUGGACAAGUUUCCCAAGAUUAUGGGGACUGCGAUCCCGCCGAGGGUGGAUUAUCCGAUUCAGAAGCGUGAGGGGGUUGCUGGUGCGACAGAUGGGCGUUCUGCGUGGGAGAUGUGCAAGGGUGUUGUAGAGACGGGCUAUCAUAUCACGCUUGGUGGGCGAGUGGCCGGUAUUUUGCGGUUGUUGGGGAAUAUGUGAGGAUGGAUGGUCGAGUAGGGUGUGAUGGAUUCGGUGAGAUUAGUAGACAGUAUUUCUUAGGCUUGUGUCGGUCUGGUCAAGGGCUGGGUCUACGAGGUUGUACGAUAUAUACAUUAACAAUUAUACAUCAACAAAAUAGUUUCAUUUCUCAUUCACAAACUCGACAAGAUAGCUCAUCGAUAUGGUACAUAAAUCUUACACAAGAUAGGACAGCCGUAGAGUCCUAUCAUGAAGGCAUUGAUAUGGUCAUUUGACCAAGGGUAUCACAACAAGGAUCGCUCAAAUAAAAAACAGUACCCUCAACGCGCCGAACAAGAUCCCGUUGCAAUGACAAUGGAAAUCUUGGGCAUGCAUAACACGUCACAUCACUUCUUCGACUAACCACUCUUCUUCACCCACCAAUCCUCAACCCGAAACUGCGACUCGGGCAUCCAAUUCGUCGGUGGGCCACGCCACGGCGCAAGGACUUCCUCAAUAAACCGAGUAGCCUCCAAAUCCAAAGGAUCCAACUGGCCGCAAGUAAACAAUUGACCCUGUGGGAAACCCUGAGUGUACUCCAACUGGUCCGGCAGCCGCAGCACGAAAUUGGACAACCAGGUCGCCAACUUUGCAUUGAGUUGAUUGUAUUGGCUUGGCUUGGCCUGUGAAAGACGCACGUUUUCGAGCGUCCACUGUAGGAUUUCGGGGGCGUUGGGGGGAAUCGAUUCUGCGCUGGCGCGGAGCAGAGCUUCGAAGAAGGCUGCAUUCAGAUGGGGGUUUUCGCGGCCCACCUUGGUAACGGUUAAGAAGUGGUCGGAGGGGAUUGUGUAGCAGACCGGUUGGCCUUGUCGGGACGUGUGGAAGCGGAAGAUGUAUUCGUCGAGUUUGAGGAGGGAGAUGAGCGCGUUGUAGUUUUUUGUGCGGAUGGCUUUGUCGACGCCUUCGUGCAGGGCGGUACGGUUGACGGUCGAGGUAGUCGAGGGGAGGACCGGGGUGUCAUUCAAGGCGAAGUUGUUUGAGCACAUGCGCAGCAUCUCCAGGUACAUCACGUCGUCCGGGGUGAAGCCCGUGUUACGGCCGCGGAGGAGAUGGUCGGGGAAUUUCAAGAUUGACAGGGCCGGCCAGAUGACGAUAGUAUUCAUCGUCACGGCACGUAUCUCCACCCUCUGCAUGGGUUUCACGUAGAGCUCGUACCUGUGUGGACUGGGGAUGCGCGAACGGGCUAGCAUCUCGGGAUCCUGGGAAUAGUGCGGCGCGAGGAUCCUGAGAGGCGGCCCGUAGCCGUAGAAGUCACGAAUCAAAUCGUCCUGGCGAUUCAUAAACUUGUCCAACGCGGCACGCUGAUAAUUGUUCAUCACGAUACCCAGAUUGACCCACUGCCGAUGGAUAGUGAGGAGCAUGAUUGUCGGGAUCUGCUCGCGCACACGCUCCAUGGUACACCACCGAGCGCGAAAGACCGCUUCCUGCAGCUGGCCCCGUUGUUCGCGCGUGAGGGGGACAUAAUCCAACGGUCUGAGGAUGCGAUUGAUAGGAUCACUUAGGCUCAGACGGGGGUUCGGCGGGGGAUCAUUCCAGAAGGCGAGGAUGAUCAGGAUUUUGAAUAUUUUCUCCCUCGAGACUGCGGCAGCGAUGACGGGCGAUGCGCGUGGUAGGUUAAGAUUCAACGAGUAGAGGAAAAUCUUCUCCAGGAUCUCCACCGGCAGAGUCUCGAGCAUAGACAGCGAGCGCGGGGCCGGAGUCGAUGCCAGGCUCGGGUUCGCCGGGGACGGAAUAGCACUUGUCGAUCGGGACGAAGUCUGGGACGAGGCCGUUCCGGUCACCAUCUUGAAAGGGCGACCAGGGGGCCGCUUGGGCUUGGAUGGCGAGCGUGUAGAUUUCGCAAUCCUGGGGUUGGAGCUGGAUCUGGAGAUGCGGACGCCUGGUAGAACGCGACCUUUCUUUGCCUCUUUUUUUGCCCGUGUCACGAGGGCAUCACCGCCCUGGCGGGGAGCCAUGGCAUAUCACAGUAAUGCUCAGGCCCGAGUGUAUUUCCCUCUUCCUCCAUUACACCCGUGUCUGCAACGAGUAUUCCAUUGUCGAUGUCUCCCGUUGAAAUCUCCGAAGGUUUAAACACCGAAAAGGCUCAAAUUGUUUCCGGACACCAUUGCGUCUGCUGAUUGGUGGGAGAGUGGCCCGUUUCCCACGAGUGUCCAGGCCAGGGCUGCGUCCGGUCACGUGGUUUUUAGAGGUUGCUACCCCACUUUCCGAUGUCCGGAUUAGGAUGGGAGAGCUCAUCACCUGAUAUCAAGUGACGUCAGUGACAUUUGCGAACAGCUGCAAGCCCCGUCAGGUUCCUUCUUCCUCUG